CUAUAACACCACAUUUCCCACAAUAACAGCAAUUGUAGAAAAGAGAACAAAUCAUAUGAACACUAUCAUUCGUAUCCUACAAGAGAUUUAAUACCCGGUCACGGACUACUUGGCCGGACUUACGUCAUGUAUCCCUCCGCGGCAGAACAUUUAAGGGUGUUGCAGGAACGGAGAGCCUUAGUUACCUCUUAUCGACUGUGGGGUGUUGACGUGUGUCUCUGUAAGCUGAACUUGGCGUGCGUGACUCAGGUGAGCAUCCGAACUAUUUAGAAAAGGAAGGAGAUAAACUGCAAAUUCCCAAAAUUAGAGAAGAAAGAAAGAAAAAACAAGACCGUGAAAAAGAUAACCACAAACUCGAAGUGGGAAAAGAAACACCAGAAUUAAUAAUAAUAAUAAAAAAUAGAAAAAAAUAGAAAAAAAAAAAAAUAGAAAGAAGAGAUUGGGAUAGAUUCGUGUAUGCAUACAUGGAGAUCCACUUCUGUACUGGGUCUGCAUUCACUACGUAACCAAACAUACGCACGUACAAACCCACACAGAUGGAUUCUGCAAACGACUCCACUGACUUUUUUUGAAGAUUUCUGUGGUCGUUCAUUCUGGAACAUCACAGAAGCCUGGCAAACAGCUCAUCCCACGCUAGGGCGAUGUGUGGAAAGGACUGCCCUUACCUGGGGCCCCUGUUUAUUCCUGUGGGUGUGUGCCCCUCCUGCCCUCGUAGCCAUGCACCACAGGCCAUCCUUUUUACCGGCCCCAGCUGCUCCCCUGCCCUGGCUUCCCCGCCUCGCCUGCAAGUUGGUCCUGUCCGUGAUGGUGAUGGCGACGGCUCUGGCGGAGGUGGCAGUAGUGAUAGCAGCAGCAAUUGGAGGUGAUAGUAGUGGUGGUAGUGAUGGAGCAGGCCUCUACCCUUCACCACUGCCACCUCCACCUUUACCUGUGGACUUAGCGGCCCCCGUGGUACUACUAGUGUCUUAUGGAGUGGCAGUGGUGAUGGUGGCGGCCUGCAGGAGGGUAGGUCAACGUAGCAGUGGCCUACUCUUCAUCUUCUGGGGCCUCAUGGUUGUGUGUGGCGUGCCCCAGCUGAAGGACAUAAUCGCAGGGCUCCACACACACCCUCAGGAAAGCCUACAGAACACUACAACAUGGGAAGCACCUUUACCCUCAGUUCACCACCCUGCCUUGGCCACCACUUUUCUACUGCAGUACUGUGGUGCUGCUCUUCUGCUGCUCCUUAAUUGCUUUGCUGACCCUGCACCACGCCCUAAGGGAUCUACUAAGGGGGUGAAGGAGUCCCCAGAGGAGGCAGCAUCCUUCCUGAGUCGUAUCACCUUCCACUGGGUCACUCAACUCCUGUGGAAAGGGUGGUGCCGGCCCCUUACCAAGGAAGACCUGUGGAGUCUGCCCCCAAAGUGCAGGAGUGAAACAGUGGAUGCUACUUGGAGGAAUGCUUGGAGUAGAGAAUUGUCUUAUAGGAGACGGAAGGCACUGUCUCACAUACCCAAGGAAACUAGCACUGUCAGCAGCACCAACACUGGAGGAAGUGGUAGUGGUGGUGCAGGCCUCCACCACUUGUCUGUCUUGAGAGUAGCACUGAGGGCCUACCUGUGGCCUUACCUGUUUAGCUUCUUUCUUCUCCUGGCUGCUGAUAUGAUGCUCUUCCUUACACCUUGGCUACUAGGGAGCCUCAUCUCCUUCACUACGGCCGUCACCUCAGAACCCACUUGGCAUGGCUACCUAUACGCAGUGGGCCUCCUCCUGGCCAAUACCCUCAUCUCUCUGCUACGUGAGGGCUUCUUCCAGAGGGCCUUCAAGGUGUGUGCACGUCUGCGAGCAUCACUCAUGAUGGCUGUGUACCGCAAGGCACUCACUAUCUCUCCCAGUGCCAGGAAGGAAUCUACAGCAGGCGAGAUCGUUAACCAUAUGUCUGUAGAUGCCUUCAAAGUGAGUGAUCUGAGUAUAAUGUCCAGCAUGGGUCUUGUUCUACCCUUCUUCACCAUUGUAGCUGUGUGGCAACUGUGGAACAUUCUUGGCCCCUCAGUACUAGCAGGACUGGCGGUGAUGGUACUGCUCAUGCCUCUGAAUGCUGCUGUAGCAAAGCGCCUGAAGGAGUUGCAGACCAAGCAGAUGAAAUUGAAGGACAAGAGGAUUAAGAUUUCUAGUGAAAUUAUUAGUGGUAUAAAGGUACUCAAACUGAAUGCUUGGGAGGAGCCCUUCAAAGAACAGGUACAAAAAGUGCGUAAGGAAGAAAUACAGUUAUUAACGAAGGCCACUUACCUAGAAGCCAUAACUGUGUUCCUUUGGUUCCUCACACCUUAUCUGGUUUCUCUUGCCACCUUCACCACCUACAUCCUGGUCUCAGAAGAUAAUGUGCUGGAUGCCGAGACAGCUUUUAUCUCCAUUGCUCUCUUCAAUCUCCUUAGAAUCCCCAUCACCCAGUUGUCUUCGGUACUUGCUAUGGGCAUCCAGGCAAAAGUGUCCCUGAGCAGACUAGAAAAAUUCUUUGCUGCACCUAAUGUGGAUCCUAAUGCUGUGUAUAGUGACCCCAAGAUAGACAGUGCAAUCAAUGUGGAGGGUGGAACAUUCAGCUGGGGUGGGGCUGCAGUGGAAUGGGCACUGCAGGGGGUAGAGCUAAAGGUGCAGCAGGGACAGCUGGUGGCAGUUGUGGGGCCUGUAGGGGCUGGCAAGAGCUCCCUCCUCUCUGCUUUACUGGGACAGAUGGAUAAGACAAGUGGGCAUGUAUUAGUGAAUGGCCAGGUUGCUUAUGUGUCACAGGAGGCAUGGCUACAGAAUACCACCUUGAGGGAGAACAUAACUUGGGGACAGCCGUUUGAGGAGAGGCGCUUCAGAAUGGUGGUGAAUGCUUGUGCCCUGCAGCCUGACUUUGAUAUACUACCUGGUGGUGAUCUGACAGAGGUUGGAGAGAAGGGCAUCAACUUAAGUGGCGGACAGAAGCAGCGUGUUGCCCUUGCCCGUGCUGCAUACAGUGAUGCUGAUGUAGUGCUACUAGAUGACCCUCUCAGUGCUGUAGAUGCCCAUGUUGGGAAGCAGAUUUUUGAUUGCCUGCUAGGACCAUCAGGACUCAUGGCAAGCAAGACUCGAGUGUUGGUAACCCAUUCCCUUUGGCUCCUUCCGAGGGUGGAUUACGUGGUAGUGGUGGAAGGCGGGCAGCUGGUGGAGCAGGGGACAUGUGGAGAGCUGCUGGAGAAAGAGGGUACUUUGGCACGCCUUCUACUCCACCAUAUUAAUAAGAAAAUGGAGAAGGGGGAGGAUGAGGAGGAGCUGAAGGAGGAGGAAGUAGAGAAAGAGGAGGAAGGAGAGGAAGAUCAGGGGUUGGAGGAGUUAUGUGAACAGCUGGAGCAUAUCCCAGGGGCUCAAGCACUCCUGAGGCAGAUCUCACGCCAGAGCUCAAAGUCUCACCACCAAGUUGAUUCUCCCAGACCCAGCAGUCACCACCGUCUGCCAGGUGCCACCACUACUACCAACAAUUACCACAGGAAGCAAGACUCUACCUCACCACCACCUUACCAAAAUACAUUCUCCAGAAAGUUCUCCUCCACCUCCACUAUCUCUACAUCACCUUCCUCUAUGGUGGAGGGUGUAGGAGAUGUGGAGAUGAAGGAGAAAGGACUGAAACUUGAAGGGCAGCUAGUGAAGGAGGAAUUUACUCAAACAGGGAGAGUUGGAUGGAGUGUGUACCAAUUCUAUGCUAAGUCAGUUGGUCACGUCUCACUCCUCCUCCCUCUGCUCUUUUUCUUUGUAGGACAGAGCUGUCAAGCUGGCAGCAAUAUCUGGCUUUCAUACUGGUCUACCUCACAAACCAUUACCACCACUGUUGCCAACACUACUGCUGCUGCUGCUGCUGCUGCUACUAACAUUACCAAUACUACUGCCAACGUGGAGGAGGAAGAGUUUGAUCGUCUUCAGUUCCUAUUUAUUUAUGCUUCCUUUGGAGUGGGGCAGGCCAUAUUUAUCUAUCUGAGUCUGGUGAUGUUGAGGCGAGGGUGUCUGAAGGCUGGGAGGAGAAUACAUGACAUCCUUCUAGAUGCACUCCUUCAUCUGCCUAUCCAUUUCUUUGAUACAAACCCCAGUGGCAGGGUACUGAAUAGACUGAGUAAGGAGACAAAUGUACUGGACUCUGUAUUACCCAUGAUGCUUGUGACGGGAAUGGGUGCCUUUACUCAGGUGGUGACAACGCUUCUGGUGGUAAUAGGGUCCGCACCAUGGGUGGGAUUGGUGGUGGUACCAGUGAUGGCCUUGUACUUCAUCCUCCUUGGCCUGUACACCAUGACACACAGGCAGGUCAGGAGGAUUGAGUCUGCUGCAACCUCUCCUAUCUACACCUUCUUUCGGGAAACUGUACAGGGAGUGUCCACCAUCCGUGCCUUCAAGAAGCAGGAGUCGUUCAUUGAGAGCUGCCAGGCAAAAAUAAAUGCAGCUAUGCAAGGCUUUCUGGCCAUGGCUACAUGUAACAGGUGGCUAGCAGUGCGGCUGGAGUGUGCUGGUAACCUCAUAGUGUUCUCUGCUGCCAUCUUUGCUGUAGUGGGCAGAGGGUCUGUCAGUCCAGGCAUUGUGGGUCUCUCCAUCACUUAUGCCCUGAACAUCACAGUGAUCCUCAAUUACUUUGUCAGGAUGUGUUCAGAGAUUGAGGCGAACAUCGUGUCAGUGGAGCGAAUAAAGGAGUACAUUGAGGAGGAGAAGGAGGCCCCAUGGAGGGUGCAGGAUGCUCCCCAAAAGUUGUGGCCACAUGCAGGGGGUCUAGUGUUCAAGGGAUACAAGGCCCGUUACCGUCCUGAAUUAGAACUGGUGCUGCAUGGUGUGUCCUGCUCCGUGACGCCUGGCGAGAAGGUGGGCAUUGUGGGGAGGACAGGGGCGGGCAAGUCUUCCCUCACCCUGGGUCUCUUCCGCAUCAUUGAGGCUGCAGCAGGAAGUAUCGAGGUGGAUGGUAGAGACAUCAGUAAAGUAGGGCUGCACGAUCUUCGAAGCCGUAUCACUAUUAUUCCACAGGAUCCUGUGUUAUUCAGUGGGACUCUACGUCUCAAUCUGGACCCAGCUGGCAUUCUGGGGGACGAGGAGGUGUGGCGUGCCCUGGAGCUGGCCCACCUUGCCCCCCUGGUGAGGAAACAACCCCUGGGGCUUUCUAUGAUGGUGGAAGAAGGUGGAGCUAACCUCAGUAUGGGACAGAGACAGCUAGUGGGACUGGCCAGAGCACUGCUAAGGAAGUCUCCCCUCUUGGUGCUGGAUGAAGCCACAGCAGCAGUGGAUGUACAGACAGACCAGCUCAUUCAAACCACUAUAAGGGCUGAGUUUGCUGAGUGUACAGUGCUCACCAUCGCCCAUAGACUUAAUACCAUACUGGACAGUGACAAACCAAAAUCUGUGAAGAGUUCCCCGCAGAAGUGGACCUGGAAAGUAAGGCCUGGAAGGUGCUCACCUGGACUGCUAUUGGGCUUGGACUGGCUGCCACAGCAUCCUUCUUUACCAGUCAUUGAGCUAUGCUUCUCCCUGUGAGCUCUUCUUCCACACUCCACCAGGCCGAGGUAGAAGUGACCACUCUGUGCCCUUUGCAAGGGGCUUGGGAAGAGCAUCCUGAUGACCAACCACACAGUGUUCCCAAAACUUGUCAUAAUCAUUAUCAUUAUCAUCAUUAUCAUUGAUGCCUUGCUUCUGUUUGAGAAGCUGUGGAGGGCAUGUGUGUGACAGGAAUGUCAUACAUACAGGUGUCAAGUCCAUAUGUUAGACAUUACUCCAUAUCAUUCUUUACUGUGUCUCCAAAAUCUGCUUGUCUGUGCACUGUUCCACUUGAUGCAUACUGCUGAACACCCCCCCCACUCUCUCUCUCUCUCUCUCUCUCUCUCUCUCUCUCUCUCUCUCUCUCUCUCUCUCUCUCUCUCUCUCUCUCUCUCUCUCUCUCUCUCUCUCUCUCUCUCUCUCUCUCUCUCUCUCUCUCUCUCUCUCUCUCUCUCUCUCUCUCUCUCUCUCUCUCUCUCUCUCUCUCUCUCUCUCUCUCUCUCUCUCUGCCAUAUAUUUAUACUGUUACAGCUUUUCAUGGCAGUUACUUUCUUGCCUUAACAAUCAUCUUGUAUCUCAUUUGCUGCCAACAAUAUGGAAUGACAUUGUUACUGUAAAUUUUUUUCCAUAUGACACCUUUAUGGAUCUUGCUUCCAUCAUUCACACUCUUAUCUUCUUUAAUUACUCUAUCUAUAUACAGUAUAUAUAAACAACAAUGAAGGGCAUAACAACACACUCAUGUCUCAUUUCUUUUUGCUUAUUUGCAAUACUCCUACUAUUGCUAUCAUAUCACAGUAAAGUGACUUAACUGCAUCUGAUCACCUUUCACAUUGUAGACCUUUAUCACCUGAAGUUCCUUCCUUGAAUCCGAUUAUAAGCCAUUUCCAAACCCAUAAAAGCAGUUUAUUUUUCUUUCCUACGAGAUUUUGAGAUUUUUUGUCAUUCAUUAACAACACUGUUGUGGUCUUUGCUAUACAAUACUUCUUUUCUGAUGCGAUGCUGUCUCUCAGCAUUUCAGUGAAAUCCUGUUCACUGUUUUUUGAUCAAGUACAGAGCAUUUCUUCCCUAUCCCUUCUCAGUCGGUGGCUGCUGGCCUCAGCCUCAAGAUACCCUCCCAGUGUUAGCAGAGGAGUUGCCACACCAGAGGGGUGGUGGCAGUCAUGUCUUUCACCAGAAUUAUUUUAGCAAAAUGUCCAGUUUUCAGCCUUAUGUCCUCAUAGUUUAUUUUUUUAAUUACAUAUAUAUACCAAGACUCCUGGUAGUUUUAUAGUUAGCAGGGGACAGAGUUAACAUGCCCUUAGCCAAAAUUUGCACUAUUAGUAUGGACCUAUUAAUUAAGUUUCCAACAUCAUUUUGGUAGUGUACAUUUUAGUUUAGUCACUUGAUUUAUUUUUUUUCAUGUCUUUCUGCACAAGUACUUCAUAAGUGUUCACAAGCAUUCCCAGUCAUAUACACUUAGAAAAGAAAAGAAAAAAAAUAAAAGAAUAAGUAGAACAAAAGUGGCAUGCAAAGUGACCAUUAUUUUGGUAUGGCCAGUGCACCUGAAUUUCAUGUUUAUUCUUGUAUUCCUAUACGCUAUAUCUUUAUAGGUGUUUAUCUAUAUUUAAUAGGCAUGGAAACAGUACAAGAUGAACCCUUGUAAGAGUCUGGCGGUGAAGGCAGAUAAGCAAGACUAUGUGUACAGCUGUUUGACCACUUCCACUCAGCUGUUUGUGUGCAUAGGUCUUUUUAAGAUUGAGAACAGUCAUCAACUUGUUUGUAAGAGUGAACUUUACUACAUGAAAUGUUCAGUAGUGAAUGUUCUCCAGUGUUGUGCAAAGUUAAUCAGAUGUGGUUUUGUAUCAGUGGAUGCAAAGAGUGGUGUGUGCGCCUGUGUGAUGCAGUGUGGUGUUUGUGUCUCCGUGUGCUUGUUUGUGACUUGGUCGAGGCAGGAGGAGUAAGAUGGCUGGCAACCUGAAAGUUAGCAAUGGAUGUGAGCAGCCUGAACUCAAGGACACUGAUCUCUCGAAACAGGAGUUUCGACCUCGCAUAUCCGACCAUUUAAUUUUCUAAGUUUAAAAGAGCAUUUUAUAUUGAUUGCUUUCAGCACCAUGUCAUGGUAUUAAUAAAAGAGAUUAUAAGGAGAGUGGCCUGCUUCAUUGUGCUGCAGAAGAAUUGGAGUAUGUCCCCACUUCUCACUGAUUUCAAUGCAGUUUAAUCCUGAAAGAAAAAAAUAUACAUAGUACGUAUAUUGUACAUAGUGAAUAGCUCGCCUUUGUAUCUUUAUAAUUCUACCACUAACCUAACCUAUCUAGUCAGUCUCUAGGUUCUGCUUGUUAGUGGUGGGGAAGUGCAGUGCUCCAAGGCAAAGGUUUUAUUGUCCAUCUUCUUUGUUACUAUUUUUUAGUUGUCAGUUUAUUUUACAUAUCAGAUCUGAACUUGAGUUUAUAUGUACACAAAGAGCCUGCAUCUGCCUACCAAUGAUGUACAGAAGAUGAUGAGGUUAUAAUUGCAUCAACUGUUUGUUAAGAAUGUUUAUGUAGCAAUUGGGAAGGCUCUCCCACUUUUUUGGUAGUAUUUCAUGUGACCACAUUGUCAAUAAACCAAAAAAGCAUUAACUCUUAA